GUCCGCUCCCGCCGACCAGCCGCCGCCGUCCUGACCUGACCUGACCUCGACCCCUGGCGACGACCUGUCCCGGGACCGCCGUCGACGACCAUGGGUCGCCAGCCGUCAGAUCGACUAGCCUUCUGGCCCGGAAGGUGGUCGCUGCUGGUGGCUCUGACCUGUGUCCUGGUGCUGACUGACCUGGCCGGCGCCAUGCCUGAGGCGGCGCCGGAGCCGGAGGCUGCCGCAGCGCCCCUGGCCGCGCCUGACCCAGCGGCCGACCCAGCGGCGGCGCCAGAGGCUGACCCCAGUCCCCGACCCCGGCCUCGACCCCGGCCCAGGCCCAGAGCCAGAGCCAGGGCCAAGGCUAAAGCACAGCUUUUCUCCCAGCCGGACGACGAGAAAGUCGACUAUGCCUGGUACUACUACGAGGAUGAGGAUGGCAACUUUUACGAGGAUGAGGAUGGGGUGGGCGGGGUGUCCGUAUCAGGCGGCGAGUCCGGCUCCUCCAGCUCGUCGAGCUCCUCCAGCUCUUACUAUGAGAGCAGCGUCUCGGGAUCCUCCUCGUCGUCCUCCGUGUCCUCGGGAGGAGCGGCGUUCGGCGGCUCCGGUGUGCUCGGAGGAGGCUCCUACGAGACCUCCUCCAGCUCCUAUUACGAGACCGGGGGCGCUGCAGCAGGAGGAUCAGCCGGAGGAGUAGUCGGAGCGGGAGGAGGCAGUGUGGUGGGAGGAGCUGCCGGCGGCUCCUACGAGUCCAGCAGCUCGUCCAGCAGCAGCUCCUCCGUCUACGAGACUGGAGGAGGCGCCUAUGGAGGCUCCUACGAGUCCUCCGUCUACGAGGAGUCGGGAGGAGCCGGAGCCGGAGCCGGAGCCUCCGCCAUCGGAGCGGGAGCCAUCGGCACCGGCGACCCCUUCGGCGCCGGCGUGGCGUCCACAGACUACGAGCCGGGCCAAGGAGGCGGCUACCCGGAGGUAUCCAUCUCGCUGCCGUGCUCCGACUACCGUCCCGGUGAGGACGACUUGCAGGCGUUCGACUUCAUCCGGCGCUUCCAGCUGGACGUGUUGGAGAAGGAGUUUCCCGGCGUCAGCAAGGUGCGCGGCUCCAGCAGUCUGCAGGUGGCGUAUCGACUCGACCCGUCGGCCGACCUCAGCAUGACGACCAGGUCCGUGUUCCCGGUGGGUCUGCCGGCCGAGUUCAGUUUCAUCUCCACAUUCCGCGCGCGGACGGUGUUGAGGCGGCCGUGGGACGUGCUGCGAAUCAACGACCUGCGCGGCCGACCGCAGUUCUCGGUCACCCUGAACCCGGUGGAUCGUCUGGUGGAGUUCAUGGUGCCGGACCUCGCCGGAGGCACGCAGCAGAUCGACUUUGCCGGACUCAAUAUAUUCGACAGCAACUGGCACAAGUUGCACUUUGGCGUCUCCCGGACCGAGGUGAUGUUGUACGUGGACUGCAGCCUGGUCAGCACGUUCCCGCUCGAGCCCGUCGGCCCCAUCGACAUCAACGGCGACAUCGUGAUUGCCAAGGCCUCCAACUCGGGGCAGACUGUGCCGAUUGACCUGCAAUGGAUGGUGAUGAACUGCGACCCGAGCCGACCCGAGCGAGAGGACUGCGGCGAGCUGCCCGUAAGGCUGCCCCCCACACCGAGACCAACGGAAGGACAGAUGGGUCCAGACUGUGAAAUCACCUGUCCCCGGGGCCCGCCCGGCCUCAACGGAACCAUGGGUCCCGAGGGCCCUCCCGGACCGAUCGGACCGAUUGGGCCCAUUGGAGAGCCAGGGGUGCCCGGCUACCCGGGCGCACAGGGUCCGCCAGGCCAGGUCGGACUCGUGGGUUUGCAGGGUCCACCGGGCCUGCCCGGCCUGGCAGGGCGGCCUGGACCGAAGGGCAACCGUGGGGACCAGGGUCCACCAGGACCGCGAGGAGACCGUGGUCUACAGGGUGUGCAAGGUCUGCAGGGUCUGAAAGGAGAGGCCGGGGACCGCGGCACGGACGGCCGACCCGGCACCGAUGGUCUCCAGGGACCACCUGGUCCUCCGGGAGAUAUCACCCGAGUCGUGGGACCGGUCGGACCACCGGGACCGCCCGGUGUGGACGGCACACCGGGCGCCUCCGGACAGGACGGUGUGCCGGGACGGCCGGGCCCGAUCGGCGAGCCGGGGAUGCGCGGCUCGCCGGGCAUAAUCGGUCCGCCUGGUACCCCCGGUACUCCCGGUACCAAGGGCCAGCCGGGCGUACCGGGACCCGUCGGCCAGCAGGGACUACCGGGCCCGCCCGGCCCGCGGGGCCCUCCUGGUUUCGGCGGCGGAGGGGACUCGGAGACGGUGGCUUUGCCGGGACCCACGGGCGCGCCCGGUCCCCCCGGUCUGCCCGGUCUCACUGGACAGGAGGGACCAGCUGGACCGCCCGGACCACGCGGAGACAGCGGACCACAGGGACCGCGAGGAGACAAGGGUGAGCGGGGUCCCACCGGCACACCCGGCCAGGACGGCCUCAGAGGAUUCCCCGGCGAGCCAGGACUAGACGGCAGCGUCGGUCCCAAGGGCGAGCCCGGUCUGCCGGGCCUGGCCGGACCCCAGGGACCGCCCGGCGCCUCGGGAAUGCCGGGACCGGUGGGCGUGGCCGGCGCGGUCGGCCUGCAAGGCCAGAAGGGUGACCGCGGAGAGGCCGGCCGAGACGGAGCCGUCGGGCCUCAGGGGCCUCCCGGAGUACAGGGCAUCCCCGGAGAACGAGGAGAGACCGGCCUGCCCGGCCAGGACGGUACUCCCGGGCCGCGCGGAGAGGCUGGGCCGCAGGGUCCGCCGGGCCCGCUUGGACUGCAGGGUCUCAAAGGCCACCCGGGACGACAGGGGACGGAGGGCGAGCCGGGACCCAAAGGCAACCGCGGCGAGCCAGGACUGCCGGGCAAGGACGGCGCGCAGGGCGAGGUCGGCCGCGCGGGUCGGCCCGGCGCACGAGGCAAGAUGGGCUUCAAGGGCGACCAGGGUGCCCAGGGCGAGGCGGGCCCCGUGGGUCCGCGGGGCCUGCAGGGGCCCACCGGCAGCUCGGGCCCGCCCGGAGAGCUGGGCCCGCAGGGUCUGCCCGGUCUGCCCGGCCACAAGGGCCCGCCGGGGCCUCCGGGUCCGCCGGGGCCCCCCGGGGAGGUGCAGUUCCUGGCGGCCUCCACCGAGGGCCGGCCCGUGUCCAUGCCGGGACCGCGCGGCCCGGCCGGAGAACCCGGAAUGCCGGGUGAGCGCGGCGCGGACGGUCGUCCCGGCCCGAUGGGUCACAAGGGCCCAGUGGGCGAGCCGGGUCAACAGGGCUACCCCGGAGUGGCGGGCCCGGCCGGACCCCGGGGAGCACCCGGAACAAACGGCAUCCCAGGAACACCGGGCCGCUCCUACACGGAGGAGGAGGUGCGCGAGAUCUGCGCCACCGUGCUGAGGGACCGCCUAGAGGAGCUGACAGCACGCCUGCAGGGACCGGCCGGCCGGCCGGGACGCUCCAAACGGGGACCGCGCGGCUUCCCUGGCGACCCAGGUCCCCCAGGAGACCGCGGCUACCGUGGUCCGCCCGGCGACCGUGGCAUGCCCGGUCUGAACGGCGCCAGUGGUCCGCCGGGACCGCCCGGCUCGCCCGGAGAGCGCGGGGACCAGGGACCGCCCGGACCGGAGGGUGUCGGCAUGGAGGGACCGAUGGGACCGGCCGGACACCCAGGUCCGCCGGGCCCACCGGGAGUCGGUCUGCCCGGCCGGGUGGGCGAGCGCGGAGAACAGGGCCGGCCCGGUCUCACCGGCCCCCAGGGACCGCCGGGCAACUCCGGCCAGCCGGGCUUCUGCGAGUUCUGCAACUACCCGCAGGCGUACGCCGCCCAGGCGUACUCACAGGGCGGCAGCAAGGGCCCCGACUACAAGGGCUAGCCGCCGGCGAGGCGGCGGUGGCGGCCGGGAGGGCCGUGAGACGGUCACUGCUGCCACACUGUGGCGAGAUGCUCCAAAUGUGAGCCGUCACUGCAAUCUGCCGUCACUGCGGUGCUCGUCAGCUCAGCCAGAAAGCUGCCGUCGUUUUUUACAGGAGUGGAGAGGCGCGGAGAGACGCCUUGUAGGUGAUAGUGGUAUGUGAAUAGACGGCCGACGGUUCAGUUUCGAGCCCGUGCCAGAGAACUGGAUUGCUUGCUUGCUCCGAAAAGGAGGCCCGAGAUGAGCUUUGUGCUGUCAUCUUGAAAGUUCACAACUGCCAGCGCCAGAACUUUGUAAAUUUCAUACCGUUAAGCUUAGACGUCACGGAAAUGAGCUUGUACUGCCAUGUCUAUCAUCAUUCCGAGUGCGUAUGAUCAUAGCUGGAAAGCCGAAACGUAGGUAUACGCUAUUUUAAGGAAUCUUAGCUGUAUUUGUGCUGUAUUGAACAACACUGCCACCCUAUCCUAUAUGAAAUAUAUUUAAAGUGUUUACAAGUUGUAUCCUAAAAAAUAUUUUCUGUGUAGUGGUUAGUUGGUGUGCAAUGCAAUACUUACAUAGGUAUAAGACAUACUUUUCGUAGUAGGAACAUAUUGUGAGAUGUAAAUAAGAGAGAAAUAUAGGUACGUACAGAGAGAAAUAUAUACGGAAAAUCGGAUUUAUGUUCCGCUUCGAGUCUGCCAAACAAUAACCGCGGCUCCAAAGCUUCCAGAAAAUAAACAUGGAACAGUUA